AGGAGGCGGAGGCAGAGGUGGAGGAAGCCGGAAGUGGAUCGGCCCGGGUCGGUCCGGGCGUUGCGGGUUUGGGGCCUGGGAUCGCUCGGCUCCCGGCAGCUGCGGAGCCCCUGACAGAACUGAGCGGCGCCAUACCGGCCCUGAGGUCUGCUGACCGGCAGGCUCAGCGCGCCCUGCGGAGGUCCGCGGCGAACAGCAGCGACCGCGGAGCGACGGCGGGCGGCCCCGGGCAUGUACGCCCCCGGAGGCGCAGGGCUGCCCGGCGGGCGCCGGCGGAGGAGCCCUGGAGGCAGCGCUCUGCCCAAGCAGCCGGAGCGUAGUCUGGCCUCGGCUCUGCCGGGUGCCCUGUCCAUCACGGCGCUGUGCACUGCCCUCGCGGAGCCUGCCUGGCUGCACAUCCACGGUGGCACCUGUUCUCGUCAGGAGCUGGGGGUCUCCGACGUGCUGGGCUACGUGCACCCGGACCUGCUGAAAGACUUCUGCAUGAAUCCCCAGACAGUACUGCUCCUGCGGGUCAUCGCCGCCUUCUGCUUCCUGGGCAUCCUGUGUAGUCUCUCUGCGUUCCUCCUAGAUGUCUUUGGGCCCAAGCAUCCAGCUCUGAAGAUCACCCGUCGCUAUGCCUUCGCCCACAUCCUUACAGUCCUGCAGUGUGCCACCGUCAUCGGCUUUUCCUACUGGGCUUCUGAACUCAUCCUGGCCCAGCAGCAGCAACAUAAGAAGUACCAUGGCUCCCAGGUCUAUGUCACCUUUGCUGUUAGUUUCUACCUGGUGGCAGGAGCCGGUGGAGCCUCGAUCCUGGCCACAGCAGCCAACCUCCUGCGCCACUACCCCACAGAGGAGGAGGAGCAGGCCCUAGAGCUGCUCUCCGAGAUGGAGGAGAACGAGCCCUACCCAGCAGAGUAUGAGGUUAUCAACCAAUUCCAGCCGCCCCCGGCCUACACACCCUAAUGCCGGCCGAGGGCUUUCUGCCACAGCAGCCCCUCCCCACUCUGCGGCGCUUCUCACCCCCAGAGGAGCUCCUGUCCCCAGCAGGCCUCACUGGUAGGAUCCUGACCAUUUCACCAAACCUUCCCAGGAGAGACUCUGCCUUUAAGGUUGUUCAUGUAUCCCUGCUCUCGAAACCUGGGAUUCGCAGAUUUUAUAUAAUGCACUGUUUCCCCUCUUGUCACCUUCCUGUCCCUUCGCGGUCACUAGUCAUUACCAACCAGGGAUGGUCAUACAACUUUUCUCCCUUCAUGGGCCGUAUCUUCGAAACCGGGACUUUCCUUGGGAUGCUGCUGACAGUGGACAGUCCCAGAUAGAAGUGUCAGCAGGUGCAAAGGGAAAGGGGGCUAUGCCCUGCAGGCUUACUUCAUAACAGUCCGUAUUUGUCCCACAGUUGUAACCCUGGACUGACCCCACCCCCCCAUUCCUUCUUGGAGGGCCCCAGUACCGGGCCGUCCACUCCACGGAAUUCUCUGCACUUUAGUCUUUGGACUUCCCAUUACGUGUGUUCUGGUUUUAUGGGAAGAAGGAAUUGCUGUCGGGAAGCAGAGCCAGUGCUCUCCCCGCCCUGCCCUUGCUUGGGUGACUGGAGCCCAGGCAAAGAGAGCAGCAGCUGGCGUGGGCCCGAGGCCCCCCUGGUGCCCAUAAAGGAUCAGAGUGAGGGGGGCCAAAUCUCCCUAGCCCCUUCACCUUUUAAAACGUGAGUGGUUUUAGAAGGAUUAAGCAAAACAACCAACAGCAACAAUAUUGUUUUUAAACUA